UCCGUUCCGCCCCAAUAAAUCCCCCACCCACCUCUCUCACUCUCUCUCCGACACGCGCUCUCCUCCCCGUCCCCUUCCUCCUCACCGACGGCGGCGGCGGCGGCCGAGAUCCCGGAUGGGGUCCCGCCCACCUUCAGGUUCCGGCCGACGCAGCGCGAGCUCAUCGAGUUCUACCUCCUCCCGCGCGCCCGCGGCCAGGAUCCAUUCCCCGGCGUCAUUAUCGAGGACGACGCGGCGGGGAGCUCGCUGCCCUGGGACCUCUUCGAGCGCCACGGACUGGGGGGCGAGGACGAGGCCUACUUCCUCGCGCGCACCGGCGGGGCCAGGAAGCCCGGCGCCCGCCAGGACCGCGGCUGCGACGGCGGCGCCGGGGCGUGGAAGUGGAAGAUGCAGAGCAGCGCCGACAAGGGCCUGCGCGUCGGCGGCGAGAGGAUCCUCUGCCGCAGGAGCAACCUCAGCCUGCACAUGGGCAAGGGCAAGAGCGGCGGCAGCGUGGGGUGGGUGAUGCACGAGUACACCGUCGCCGCGCCGCCGUGCCCGUCGCCCGUCAAGAUCUGCCACAUCGCCUUCACCGGCCACGGCAGGAAGCGGAAGCGCGUGCCGGAUGGCCAAGAAGACUACCCCAGUGAACACGCGUCCCGGCGCGCGCGCGUCGAGGCCGCGGCGGCCUGUGGCUGUUCUUCUGGGGAGAUGCAGAUGCUCGGUCCUGACUCCGGCGAGGUGGUGCCCGCUUCUGGAGAUGAAGAGCGCUCGCAGCUCGUCCUGACCGGCGGUGACAUCUUCCCUCAGAGUCCUCUUCUCGGAAGCAGCGAUUUCCUGGGCUUCCCCUCCACAGCGUCAGCCAAUGCGGAGCAGUACCAAGAGCUGGAGCAGCAGGUGCCGAGUACACAGGAGGAGGAGGAGCAGGUCAUGAUGCCACAGCUGAUGGUCCAACAAUCUGGCAUGGUGGAGCAGCUUUCUGCAGGGGAACUGGAGUUCUGGAGCUCGAUUGGGGUCGAUGUUCAAAGCACCAACUGUGCUGAGCAGGAGUUCUGGAGCUCGAACGGGGUCGACAGCAACAGCGUGGUCCCAGGCAUCGGCGACAUGGCAGGAGAUAACCAAGACCAGCAGGAGUUCUGGAGUUCGUUUACGGCUGAUGUCCAGAGCAACUGCACGGUGCCAGACAGGCAGAGGCUACUGCAUCACUUGCUAGGAGGGUAGUUUCUGCUCAUGAACUGGCAGAUAUUUGGAGAUUUUUGCAGCACAAGGAUGGAGCAGCUGUGCCUGGCACCAGCAGAACCGAUUUUUGCAGCUAGGAGUUGGUUUCUUGGGAUGUCAGCAGCUGCUUGUUCCACAUGUUUUUUUUCCCUGCAGUUACUGAUUUUUUUUCUGCAGUAACUGUAAUCUACUGAUAUAGAGUAGCACUCAUUUUGUAGCCCUAUAUAUGAAUUGAACCUAUCUAAAACUUUAAUUCUCUUAUGCUGGAAUUUCCAGUUUGCAAGUGUU